UACGAAGAUAAAUUUCAAAAGAAAAGCAAUGCAUUGUUCUUUUGAAAUUUAAGAAUAUUGAAGUAAGUCAUGUGUAAAAAACGCAUUAAACGUAAUUCUUAUUGCACUAAACACUGCAACGAGUAUCAAGUAUUGCCGUUGAUCUCUUAAUAGUUGAGUCUUAUUCAAGGUAGUUGGUAUACAAUAUCAAAGAUGAAGAGAGAGAGAGAGAGAGAAAAAGAGACUGAAAGAUAGAAAAGGGAUACAAAUGUGCGUGCAUGCGCGAGAGAGAGAAAGAGAGAAAACGAGUGAGAGUUCAUUUAGCAUUUCCAUAUCCAUAGUUUCCGUCGAUUCUCUUAUUUUUGUUUAAUUUUAUUUCUUCUCUCCUCGUAUCUAUCCCCUCCCGCGACAUGUUCAGGCUACUCUGUCGGAAGAAGCCAAAGAAGUAUACAACAGCUUGGUGGAGACGCCGACAAUGGAGAGUCCUGGAGAUACGAAUCCGUUACGCAUGUUACGCUCUGGAUUACCUAUAGUGAGGCCUAGAAUUCGAGGAAACAAGCAUGCUACUCUAACUCAUCCGAUGUCGUCGGAGGAUGCGUCCAGUGAGCAUACCUUCCACGUCGAGAUGCAUCAUAGCGGUGCAAAGACUCUGCCUAAAGUUCGUGCAUCUCCUCCGCUUCACACAAUCCUGUCUCUGCCACAAUCGCGCAUUCUCGAGAGACAUCACUCCACCUUGGAAAUAGAGAACAAUCAAAAUCAGAAUAAUGUCGACGAGAAUCCGAUACCUUUGCCACCUAGAGAUCGCUCCAAAACUCUUCAGCCCAAGUCCAGCUUGCCGCGACAUCAGAGGAAACAUCCUUUGAUCAUACCUGGAGGCGGUGUCACUAGAACGCUGGCUAAAAUGGCAGUGACCACAUCGACUUUGGAGGAUCAAGUAGAUGGGCAUUUUACGUUACAAAAUUCAUCGAUUGCUGGGACAUCGUUACAAGAUAAUUAUUCCCCAGAAGACUCUAUUAAUGGCCCAGAAGAGUUCGAGCAACGCAUAGAUUUUGAGCUAGCCGCAUUAGAUUCUUUACCCACUGAGGAAAGCCGAUUUCGACGAUGUAGCGUGAUCUCGGAAGAUCUGUUGGAAUUCUCGGAUAAUUUAAUCGACUGCAGCGAUGUAUCGGAUUUGCAUCAAAAUGUUUCCGAAACGAACAAUGAUGAUCAAUCAAGCAAUUCAUUGGUUGACAAUUUACGCAAGAAAAUUAGCGUCGAAUCGAAAUCCACAAAUUUUGCGUCCAAGAUACAAGAAAAUGUAGAAGCGGAUUUAAGUCGAAAUCCAACAUCAACUAAUUCCGUAGGACCGAAAGAUUGGAGUAAAAUGGAUUCCUUGCCAGCUGAAACGCAACUUCCUAUAAUACAUCAACAUACUUUACUAAAUUAUACACCACAAACGAAUCACGCGUAUGCAGAAGAAAUUUCUUCCAAGUUUGAAACUGUUCAAUGCGAGGAACCAUUAAUAUAUAUUAGUUCGAACGAUGAUUUUCAUCCGACUUCUCUUUCGAAAGUUUAUCUCUUAUCCAACGAAAAGACAUCGAGUCAUGUGAGCGACCUAUCACGACAAUCGGAUCAUGUCUCUUGCGAAGAUUUGCUAGAGUUCGCCUGCGAUGGACCAAACACGCGAAGAACACGUGGACCCCACAAUGGAGAGCAGUCUGAUGAGGUGCGAAUCAUGAUGAAAAUGCUGCACAAGCAGUCAACCCCGGAAUCCUGUAUUGCCGCAUUGAACGUCACCGAGUGGGAUGUUUUGGCAGCAAUUAAGCUGGAGCAACUUCAAGGGCUUCUAAAAAAAGAAAAUAAUUUCGUUGGUCUCGAAGACUGCAAAGUGAUGCUGAACCAGUGCGGUGGUGACGUCGUUAAAGCGGCCGCGUUAUUGCGAAGUACGGAAGACACUGCUGCGGUUUAGAGUGAUUUCGACCAAUUAUCAUAAAAAGCAAUAAUUGAUAAAGAAUAGAUGAGGAUUGAUUAAACAGUUUUGAGAUUAUACCUUCUAAAUCUGAUUCUAUUUAAUGAUAUUGGAAACAUUCUUCUUUUCAAAAUAUCUUUCCUUUUGCAAUCUUGCAAUUUAAAAAAAUACAUAUUUCUAUUUCUAAGCUAAAAUAUUAAUAUUAAUAAUAUUAAUUUAAAAAUAAAUUUUUAUUCUUUAAUUAUCAAUAUUAUUAUUACUUUACACAAUCGCUAUUGUUAUGUCUUAAUGCAGAUAUAAUUCUCUUAUACAUUAUAUUUUAAUGUCAAUUAUAAGAGCGACCAAUAUAAUAAAUCAAAUAGAAAGUAUGAUAGUUUUACACAACAGAACGAAAUGAAACUAUUUAUCUAUUUAUCUGCCUAUCUAUUUUGCAGUCUAUUUAUCAAUCUAUCUAUCUAUUUAUCUAGGAAAAUACGGAAAAAAAGAGAAAACGCGUGUGUCUGUUGAAAGUUCUUAAUUUUAUAUAAGAAGUAUAAACUUAAAACUUUGAAAUCUUCGUAUUUAUAAGGAACAUAUAAAUUUUUAAAAUUAGUUCCAUUGAUGGAAAUAUUUGUUUUUGACAGACUUGGCUAGAAAUGGAAAUAUGGGAUGGAAAUAUAUUUAGAAAAAGUUAUUUUAAUUGUUUAAAUAUGUAUAUAGGAACAUUUAGUAUGAGCUUUAAAUUUGACUGAAGAAAGAACUAAUAAUGUCAGAUUGGAUUGAGUUAUACAUUUUUCAUAUAUGUCCUUAACAGUAACUAAUACAAAGAGAAACAAAAAGAGUGAGAAGAGUCGGAAAAAGAGAGAUCCUUUGACAAAUUUUUAUAAAAUUUUUUCUUUAUAUGUAGAAAUGUAGAUGAAGUAAACAGAUAUGUGUGUUUUUGACGUGCUUUAUAUUAUCUACAAAGUUUGCAAGGUUAAACAAUAAUUAGUAUUAAUAUAUCUCAAAUGUUAACGAGAAAAACUAGUUUUUUGUUAAACUCAAUAAGUAAAGCAAUGUUGAUUGUAUCUUUUUUACACGCGAAUGCAAUGUGAUAAUUUGCACAAUAAGGAUCUAAAAUCUGUAAUUAAACAAAAAUGUAGUCAAUACAUUUUUUUUAUAUGGAAAUGUUUAUAAAACUAUGUAUUAUAUGUGUGUGUUUGUUUGUGUGUGUGAUGAAAUUAGGGCUAUGACCAUAAAUUUUUACAGAUCUGAAUAAUACUUAUAUAAAUUUAUUAUGAUUUAUUUUAUAAAAUAUAUUUAUCUACUUUUUAUGUGUUUAUGUUGUUUCUAAAACGCACAUUAUUUUUCGAUUUGAAUAUACGCACAUAUGGCAUAUUUAUACAUAUACAUAGGUGCAUAUAUGAUAUGUGCACGUAUUUGUAUACAAAUAGACAUAUAUAAUAUUUAAUUAACAAUAAGUGUUAUAAGUAUACACAAGACAAUCAUUUUAUAAUAUUUAUGCAUUUGGAAUUACACCGCUCAAUAAUUUUUAUAAAUGAAUAAAACAACAUAAGUCGAAUUAGGAAGAAAUCUAGAUUACUGACUUGCCGUAUGUUGCGUUUUAUAAUUCUAAUAAAAAUUAACAUUUAUUUAUAAAAACUAUUUUAUCAUAUUUUUUCGAUAUUAUAUUUUAAUUUUUUACGGAGAAUUAUUAUCAGAGUAUGAUAUUAAUCAAAUUGCACCUUUCAUUCAUCAAGUUCAGUUAAAUGUUCUAAUGUUUUCAAUUAAGCAUCUAAUACAACGAAUAAUUGGAAUAGCUCUUCUUCUUAAUUAACCGAUGUAAAUGUAAAAACAUAUAGGGAUUGAUAAUGCAGCAAAGUUUCAAUUUAAGAUUAAUAGUUAUAAGAAUUUUUACAUUUUUUUAAAUAUAAUAUGGCAGGGGUUAAAUGAAUAUCAAAAUUAUUCUUAGAUUUGAAAAUUAUUUGGUAGAUUUUUUAAUAAUUUAUUUUACAACUUUUUGGCAAUAAAUCUUAUAUUUAACUGAAUGUGAAGAUUUUAAACUAUAAUUGCGACAUAUAAUAAAUUUUCUUUUUUAAAGACUUAUGAAAGCCUUAACAAUAUAAUUAACUUUGAUUGGAACAAAAUUUCUAUAACAGAUUACAUACUAUAUAUAUAUAUAUAUAUAGCCACACAUAACUAUAAUAUGAUAAAUAUAUAAAUUAAUUUUUUUAGUAACUUUAAUCAUAACGUUUUCAGAAAUGAUGGAGCAAUUUGGAAAUCGGAUAUAUGUACUUAUAUGCACAUGUAACAAAUCAGCGAUAUUAUUAUUUAUUUUUACAAAAUCAUAUUCAAAUUAUUUGGCAGAAAUAUGCAAGUAAUUUUGAAAACAUUUUGAACAAAUCGCAAAAAAUAUCGAAAUUAAUAAAAAUUACAUUAAUAAUAAGUGUAUAUUAAAAUGAUAAUAAUUAAAAUUAAGUCAAUGUUAUAUUUCUCUAGCAAAAAAAGGAAGCAUAAUGAGAUAUGUAAAAUAUAAGCCAGGGGUCUCAAGUCUCAAACAGCAGUCUCCCAGAUCAAACAUAUAUGGCUCAUCUUCCAUAAGAUUUUAUGGAAGAUUUUAUGGAAAGAUUUUAUGGAAACAAUAGAUGAAGGGGAUAAAGAUAGUUUUUUGGUGGUGUUUAAUAAAGAAUUCGUGACUCUGCGAAGCAUACUGAUACACUUAUACACGCAUGUAUGAAUUAAAAGAUUUGUCUAAGAUCGUAAAGAAUAGGAGUAUCCACACUUUCCCCUACUUCUAUUGUGGCCCGCUGACAUAUUGAGUUUGAGACACCUUGUAUAAGCGACUAGUAAUUUUUUAUAUAUGUUGAAUUUUGGCCGUAUACAUUUGCGAAAUGAUUUUCGUAUAAGAUUACUAUAUAGCAUUAAAAUCUUGAACCUGAAAUAAAUAAUAUUACUCUUACUGUAGAUUAAAGUUAGGAGAGGAAAGAAUACUAUUCAGAAAUAAUAAAAUUAGAAGAAAAAUAUUAUAUUAAUUGAAAUAUUUAAUACACAAAAAUGACAUGAAUCUGUGCAAUCAAAUCCAUUUAUUCGUGAGUGUGUAUUAGGCAUACAUUUUAGAUGUACAUUUAUUUUAAGGACUUUACAAAAUAUAAAUUAAAUCCAUUUUUAUUUUCAGCGUUUUAAUUUAUCAAUUUAAAUAUUACAAAACAGUAUUUCAAUAUUUCAGUACCAAGAAUGUAUUAUAAAUCUGAUGUAAUAAUUUUACGGAGUAACUGCUAUAUUACAUCUAAUAUUAGUCAGAAUUCAGCAUACAUUAAAAAUGCUUAGUCUCAAAUUGUUUAAAGCAAAUACAUUUGAUUUUUUCUAAUUUGACGAAAGUUAAGUGUUUUCUAUAAUCAUUUUUUGAUACCCAAUUUUUGUAAAGCAGACUUUGUAAGGUGUUUGUACGUCUUUAUAUUAUUACGCGCGGAGCCAAAAAAAAAUGUUUUUAUAUGUGCUGUAUUUGUAAUAACAUAUACACAUACAUAUAUAUAUAUUAUA